AUGAAAUAUCCAGCACGUUUUAUUAAUAAUGUUCGAAUUCUACCAAAUCGAACUAUGUCAGUUCCUGUAUCUGUUGCAUUAUCAUCGGCUCAAGUUUUAUUUCGUCCUUCUUUUAAAUUACAACAACGAUCGCCGAUAUUUUUGUUAAAUUCUUCAUUAACUAUUCAUCAUCAUACUUCAUUUAUUUCAAUUCAUAAUCUAACAAUUUACUCAUGUUCAUUAUCAAAAGGAAUUAUUUUGGGAACAACAACUAUUCCCACAUUAUCUUUUAAAAGAAAUUCAAUUACUGAUUAUCAAUCAUUACAUAAGAAUAUUAAUGAUUUAACUCAACAUAUUAAUACUCUCGAAUAA